AUGGAGAAAAACAAGGAAGUUGAAGCAUCCACAGUGGCUGCCAAAGUUUGCAUUGUAAAUGAGCUGCUUAAAGCUGAUGGUUUUGCCUUUGGCUUCCCAACAAGAUUUGGAAUGAUGCCUGCUCAGUUUCAAACUUUCCUGGAUUCAACAGGAUCACUAUGGGACGAAGAAGAACAACUGUUUGAAGGCAAGCCAGCUGGAAUCUUCUUAAGCACAGGCUGCCAAGGUGGUGGACAAGAAUCUACAGCGCUCAGUGCUAUCCCUCAGUUGGUUAAUCGUGGAAUGAUUUUUGUUCCAAUGGGGCAUAUAUUGGAUUCUGGUAAGUGUAGAAUGAGGGACGUGAUUGGUGGAAGUCCAUUUGGUGCAGGAACAUAUGUUGAUACUGAUGGCUCAAGGGAGCCAAGUGGCAUUGAGCUGAACCAAGCAUUCCACCAAGGGAAGUAUAUUGCGACCAUCACAAAGAAGCUUAAGAGAGAUCCUAAAUGUUCUUUGCAUAAAAUUGCUCGAAGGAGACUAACACAGCGAGAGGGGAUAGAGAAGCAGCAAAGAGACAUUGAACGAUCAUCAAUGGCUGUCAAAGUUUAUAUUGUGUAUUACUCAAUGUAUGGUAAUGUUGAAAGACUAGCAAGUGAAAUAUCUCUCGGGCUUCAAUCUGUGCAAGAUGUUGAGGCCACAAUGUGGCAGGUACCUGAGACGCUGUCAAUAGAUGAGCUUUCCAGGCUGAAAGCACCAGCCAAGAGUGACGUACCAAUCAUUAACCAACUAAAACUGUGUGAGGCAGAUGCGAUUAUCUUUGGCUUCCCAACAAGGUUUGGACUGAUGGCUUCUCAGUUUAAGGCUUUCCUAGAUUCUAAUGAAUUUCUAUGGAAAGCGCAAAUGCUUGCGCAAAAGCUUGCUGGAAUCUUCUACAGCACCAGUUCCCAAGGUGAUGGACAAGAGACGGCACCGCUUAGUGCUAUAACUCAUCUGGUUCAUCAUGGAAUGAUAUUUGUUCCAAUAGGAUACACAUUCGGUCCUGGCAUGUUUGAGAUGACCGAGCAGAAAGGUGGAGGUCCUUAUGGUGCUGGAACUUACGCUGGUGAUGAAUCUAGAAAGCCAACUGAGCUUGAGUUGGAGCAAGCAUUUCACCAAGGAAAAUAUUUUGCCAACAUUGCAAAGAAGUGCUACAUACUAAAGAAGAUGCCCUUCAAACAGUUAGAAAAACUUGACUGA